AUGGCUUGGAACGAAUCUAAUCGUGCGGAUGAAAUGACGCCUUUAAAGGGCUCACGACCCCCGCAAGAACGCAGUGGUUCGCGUCGACUUCCACUCACAGAAAGUGCCAAGAUUGCUCAGCGAAAGCUACAACUUGCUUGUAUCUGCUCCUUGCUUUUCAUGUGCGCCGAGAUCGUCGGCGGUUUUUUAGCUGGUAGUCUCGCCAUCAUGACGGAUGCUGCCCACUUGCUUUCGGAUGUUGCGGGCUUUUGUAUCUCGCUGUUUGCUAUCUGGAUCACUACGUUACCGGCCUCAGGUCGCUUAAGCUUUGGGUUCCAGCGCGCAGAGGUGAUUGGCGCAGUAACGAGUGUGUUAGUCAUUUGGGUGCUUACGGGAGUGUUAGUCUACGCUGCUGUCGAGCGCUUUAUGGAGUGUUUACAGCCUAACCCAAAGGAGCACGUAAACGGCAAGCUUAUGUUCAUAGUAGCAUGCAUUGGUCUUGUUGUCAAUUUGAUUUUGAUGCAGAUUUUGGGCCAUGGACACAGUCACGGCGGUGGCAGUCAUGGUCAUUCCCACGGAAAUUCGAGUCAUGGGCAUUCGCACGGUACAAAGAGCCAUGGCCAUUCGCAUGGCGAAGCAGGACACGGUCACUCACAUGGUCAUGGUCAUUCACACAGUGGAGAUGAACAUGGCGUACUUGAAAAUGGUCAUAGCACAGCUACUGAGUCCAAAAAACAGGUCGUGAACAUGAACAUUCAAGCUGCUUAUAUCCACGCACUUGGUGACUUCAUCCAGAGUGUCGGUGUGUGUGUCGCUGGUGGCCUUAUCUGGUACAAACCCGAGUGGCAAAUUGCCGACCCUGUUGCCACGUUCGUCUUCUCUGUGUUAGUACUCGUCACAACGAUUGGAAUUGUGCGCGAAAGUAUUCAUGUGCUCAUGGAAGGCACACCUGAUGGUAUUCAUGCUGAUGAGAUUGAGCAAGGUCUACGUCGUUGCUCAUCUGUGGUAGCUGUGCAUGACUUGCAUAUUUGGUCGCUUAGUGCCGGUUUACCAUCUUUGAGUGUACAUCUCGUUUCAGAUGACGCAGAGACGGCAUUGCAUGCAGCUCAACGCUAUCUCAUGUCUAAGGGUAUCACGCAUACGACAAUUCAAAUUGAAAAGACUGCAACGCUCUACCCACGUGACUGUAAAUCUGAUCUUAAGUGUGGUCAAGAUUCUCCACAAAAUAGGGACUGA